AUGUUGGACAACUCAAAGGUUUACAUCGAGCUGGGUGUCGCCAAGCUCGGGAACGUCCCCAAACCCCUGAAACCACGUACAUCAUUGAGGAUCGAGAGCCAUCUUAUUGAAUCCCUCAGCGCUAGUGCUACCAAUCCUGAUGAGGAACGCAAUAAUCGCACCAUAAAUGGACUUAGCAAUGGCACUCCUUCUCAGAACAUCCCACACUGGACUCAACCUGAUGCCGUCGACAGGAGACGCAGUUUGGCGACGCUAUCUGAGACCUCCAGGACUUCCAGUGCCACCACUGAGGUUUCUCAGAGCUCUCGCAGCAGGUUCAUAGUGGAUGAUGAACCGCGUGAAUCCCGCUGGAGGUCCGGCAGAGGCGCGUGCUGCUGUUUCCGUGCGGUGAACAUGGCGUUUCUGCGCUGUCUGGAGGAAACGCCGCUGCUGGUGUCUGGUUUACUAAUAGCCAUCCUCUUCUGCGUGACCAUCAUCAUCAUCAUCCCCUCCACGGGCAGGAGCCUGAGCGUUCACGUGGCGGCAUUUGCAGUGGUGUGUGUGGUGGUGUGUGUUUGCGUGCCUCUGCUGCUGUGUUUGCCGUGUUUGCCGGUGGCUCGGCGAGGAGAAACGCCUCUGGCGCUCUUCAUCUGGUCCAUGCUCCUCAUCAUCGCCUUCGUCUUCAUCUUCACCGGAGGUGUCGUCACGGCCUGGGAGCAGGUCGCAUUCUUCCUCUUCCUGUCGCUGUCUGUUUAUACGGUUCUUCCUCUCCCGCUCUCAUGGGCUCUGAGCUUCGGCAUCGGAACCAGUGUUUCUCACAUCGUUGUCAUCAGUGUGUAUGUGUCUGUAACCAGCCCUCAGACACAAGACCUGGCCGUGCAGCUGGUGGCGAACGCAGUGCUGUUCGUGUGUGUUAAUGCCGUGGGUGUGUUUCACCUGUGGCACACUGAACACGCUCACAGGAAGUCCAGCAAGAAACGGGAAGAUUUCAGCAGAAACCGCGCCACACAAGCCAAACAGAAACGUGAUCAGGAGCAUCUCCUGCUGUCUGUGCUGCCGCGAUACAUUGCCAUGGAGCUGAAGACGGAAAUCGUCAAACGUCUGUCUGCGAAAUGCAGCGCCGAAGAGAACCGACCAAACUUCCACAGUCUCUACAUCCGACAGCACAAAGACAUCAGUAUCCUGUACGCUGAUAUCGUGGGCUUCACGCACCUGUCCAGCACCUGCACACCCGAGGAGCUCGUCGCCGUCCUCAACAAACUCUUCGGCAGGUUUGACGACAUCGCCAAGAAGAACGGCUGUUUGCGCAUUAAAAUCCUGGGCGACUGUUAUUACUGCGUGUCGGGUCUUCCUGAUCCGAUCUCUCAUCACGCUCGCAACUGCGUUCAGAUGGGUCUGGAUAUGUGCAUGGCCAUAAAUAAGCUGAGGGAGGCAACGGACGUGAACAUCAACAUGCGUGUUGGCGUGCACACGGGUAAUGUCCUGUCCGGCGUGAUCGGCCUUCAGAAGUGGCAGUACGACGUCUGGUCAGAUGACGUGACUCUAGCCAAUCACAUGGAGUCUGGAGGAGUGCCUGGGAGAGUCCACAUUACAGAGGACACGCUCGCUCACCUGGACGGGAAAUACCAGGUGGAGGAAGGAAACGGCGGGAGUCGCAAUUCCACACUGAAGGGAAAGAGAACGUUCCUGGUCAUCGAUCCUAAUGCAGAAAACUCCAACACGACACCUGAGACUCAUGAGCUGAAGGUGGACAACAAACCUGUGAACCGUCAGAAGCUCCGCGCGUCGGUUCGGAUGUCCCAGUACCUGCAGUCCUGGAAAACAGUCAAACCGUUUUCUGGACUUAACCAACCAGAGGCUUCGCUCGCAGCCCCACCCACUUCUGACAGCAUCAGCCAACCACAGCCAGCCACAGUGCUCACAGAGUUCAACACUCCAAGAUCUUCACAAGUUCUGGAAAACGGACUGAUAGACUCAUUAGACUCUCUGGGAAAUGAAGGGAAACGAGCAAAGCUGAACAGUGUGACGUUAUUUUUUAAUCAUUUUCAGCUGGAGAAACAGUAUUCGUUAAGUGAAGUCCAGGGGCUUCAUCGCUCUGUCAUAUGUUUGGCCUUCAUCUUCAUCUCUGUGUUUGUGGUUCAGAUGCUGACCUCGCAAAAAAAUUUUGCGCUGGCGGUGUCGUACGGUGCCACUUUCCCUGUCCAAAUACUGAUUGUGCUUGUGGUCUUCACUAAGUUCCUGAAGCGCUGGCACUCUAAGUUUCCCCGCAGCAUCCGCUGGGUCUCGACGCUGUUUGAUGGUGUGGCCACCAGGGCGGCGCUGCGGCUGCUGCUGGUGUUUCUCUGUCUGCUCAUCACGCUGCUCAUGGCAGUGCUGAACAUAGUUUUUAUCCCAGGCGAUAACUGUUUAAAUGUUUCCCACAAUGUAACAGUACUGAACACUCUCAAUCUCUACACUGUCCCGGACGAGUUGGGCUCUCGGACGGAGUUCCUGCUGGAGAAGUGCUUUAAUAAAGAGACGGAGGAAAUGGAGACGACCAAGAACGUCAACAGACUGCUGCUGCAGAACCUUCUGCCGGAGCACGUCACAGACUUCUUCAUCGGCAAAGACAUCCAGAACCAGGACUUGUACAGUAAGUCAUGCGAGUGUGUUUGCGUGAUGUUCGCGUCCGUGCCGCAUUUCUUCAAGGAGUUUUACAACGAGAGCAGCGUCAACAACGACGGCCUGGAGUGCCUUCGCUUCCUCAACGAGAUCAUUUCAGACUUUGACGAGCUCCUGAACAAGCCCAAGUUCAGCGCCGUGGAAAAGAUCAAGACCAUCGGCAGCACCUACAUGGCGGUGGCUGGACUGACCAAUCCUGCCAAAACAGAGGAGAGACGGACGUGCGACACGAGCUACAGUCACAUCCGCAGCAUGCUGGACUUUGCCAUCGCUCUGAUGGGGAGACUGGAGAACAUCAACAUGCACUCGUUCAACAGCUUCAAACUGAGGAUCGCUGCUUUGUAUGUGAAUAUCUGCUAA